AUGGCAGUCGCCCACGUCCCCAAGACCUACCGCAGUAAGUUGGGGGCGAGUGCAAUCUGGUGUGUGCAUUUGGGGCUGGCUGCUGAGAGCAAGGGAUGGCUGCUGUGGGAACCCUCCAAGGGUGUGUUAUUUGACAGCAGGGAUGUGAAGUUUGUUGAGGGCAUGAUGUAUGGGAGCUGGGAGAAACAGCCGGAGGCCAGGGUGUCCCAGCAGAUGGAGCAGAUUACCAUGCAGCUGGACCUGACUCCUAGUGUGUGGGAGGAGGGAGAGGAGGCAGCUGCAGAGGGUGGUGAUAAAGAGAAGGUGCAGGAGGCACCUGCUGGUGGAGGUGAUGGUGUGGAGAUUAGCGGUAGCACUAGUGGAGCUGCUGGAUCCGAGGGAGGAGAGCAGCAGCAGGGGAAAACUAAGAAGCCGAAGGGUGUUAUUAUGAAGGGAUGGGAGACACCCGUCUCCAGGCCAGGACGUACCCGUAUGGCUACUAAGAAGCUGACUGCAGGAGCUGAUGUAGCGGAGCAGCAGCUUGGGACCGAGGAGGCAUUGCUGAUUCUACCGCAUGGCUAUGACCCGGAUGAGGAGGAUGAGCCUGCGAUCAAGACUGACGACAAGGGGCAGGUCACCAUCUACAAGAGUAGGUUGGUGGCUAAGGGGUUUAUGCAGAAGGAGAAGCGGGACUUCAAUGAGAUCUUUGCUCCCACUGCCAAACCCCCUACCCUUCGUGUCUUGUUGGCAGAUGCAGCCGUUAGUGGGAAGUUCAUUAUCCAGAUGGACAUAUCAACGGCAUUUCUCAACGGGAUUUUAGAGGAGGAGGUGUUCAUGACGCAGCCACCUGGGUAUGAGGAUGGUACGGGCAGGGUGUGCAAGCUGAAAAAGUCCAUCUAUGGCUUGAAGCAGGCGCCACGCUGCUGGUACCAGAAGUUGGCAGCUGUUUUAGAGGAGAUGGGAUUCAGGACCAGCAGCUGUGAUGAGAGCCUUUUUCUCAAGGGGGAGGGGGAGAAGCUGGUGCUGUUUCUGGUCUAUGUGGACGACAUUCUUCUCUUUAGCAGCAGCAUGAAGGAGGUCCAGAAGGUGCAGCAGCAGCUGAUGGAGAACUUCAAGUGCAAGAACCUUGGGGAGGUAAAGUACUACCUCGGGAUGCACGUGGAGAGGGAUCUGGAUCACAGGUGGUUGAAGCUGCACCAGGAGAAGUUCAUCAAGGAGCUUGGGGAGAAGUAUGGAAUUGAGAAUGAGCGCAAGGUUGCAACUCCCCUGCCAGCAGAAUUCAAGCUUGUGAAAGCUGCAGAGGAUGAAGGAGUUGAAGCCGAGGAGCAGCAGCAAUUUCAGUCCUUGGUGGGCAGCCUCUUGUAUGCAGCAGUUCACACGAGACCCGACAUCUCUUUCUCGGUUGGGCAGCUGGCUAGGGUAGUGCAGAAUCCAUCAGAGGAGCAGGUGGAUGCAGCUGAGCGUGUGGUGAAGUAUCUGAACUCUCACCCAAGCAUUGGAGUUCAAUACUCCGCAUCUGCACAGGUGAAGCAGAAAGGGGUUGAGGUGCUGAAAGAGAAGGGGGAGAGGCUUGGAGAAGGCAAGCUUUUUCUCACUUGCUUUACUGAUGCUACGUGGGCCUCUGAGAAGGAGGAUUCCUCAUCUGUGGGAGGAUACAUCUGCGUAGUUGGGGGAGGACCGGUUAGUUGGAGGUCAAAGAAGCAGACGGAGACAGCACUCUCUUCCGUGGAGUCAGAGUACAUGGCGAUGUUCCAUGGGGUGAAGGAGGUGAUUUGGCUGAGGAGGUUGUUAGAGGAGAUUGGCCAGGAGCAGAAGGUUGCUACGCCGCUGUUUUGUGAUAGCAAGGGGGCUCUUGGGAUGGCCAGGAACGCUGUGCUUCAUGGGCUGAACAAGCACAUGCGUAUCAAGUGGCACUGGCUGCGUAAGGAGGUGAAGAGGGGGACGGUGAAUCCGAUCUACAUCAAGACUCACCAGCAGCCAGCGGACUUCCUCACCAAGAGGCUUGCGGAUGAGUCUCAUUGGCGUUGUGUGCGCAUGAGUGGAAUGAGCAUGAACUAG